AAAAAAUAAAAAGGACCUCUGUUAAUUUAAUAAAUUCCUUUUACUUUUCUUUCUUUUUUUGGCGGUUUCCAUGGCAGCCGGAAACCCUGUUGUUUCCAUGGAGACGAGUCAAAGUUGUAGACGCGCACUUAGCUAGCAUAGCAGCUGCUAGCUUCAGUAUCGGUCAGAUAUUACUCUCGUUGUGGUAUUUUAAAUAUAUUUUAUCAGUAUUGUUUGUGUUUUUUAUAACUUUUUGUGUUUGAACUUUUUACAUCUGUUGAAUUACACGUUUUUCUCAAUGGAUUAUGUGGGAUUAUCAUCCGGGGAGACUCUCAGGGCUCUGUCUGCCCUGUUAUCCAGCACGCAAGAUGACGAGGAAGAGGAGGAAGACUGUGGCAAGGUGACUCCAUCUGCACAGCUGGGUCCUGGACAAAUAGGUCCCCCUCCACAAAAGCAUAAAGAAGAGCUAAGUGCCAGCACAGAGAAGAACAGCAAGGAUAUCUGGAAUGAGGAAGAGGUGGCUGAAGGCUCUCCAUUCAUCGACUUUGCCGACCCGCGGCCUCAACCUGAGUAUGAAAUUAUCCUUAAACAAAGUGUGGGAACAGAAGACGUGUUUUUUGGCCUCAGUAGGAAAGACCCAUCCUCCAUGUGCUGUGAAGCCUUGCUGGUCAAAAUUAAACUUCCAGAUACCAGAGCAACAGAUGUCAUCUUGGAUGUAAAAGAGAAGUUCCUUGAUCUGAGGACACAGAAACACAAACUGGGCCUCCAUCUUCCUCAUCCCGUCCAUGCAGAAGACAGCCGAGCGCAGUUCUUCAGUGAGAGGGAAGAACUGCAGGUGACUCUUCUAAUUAAGCGCUCCAUGGAUUUUUUCAACAAGCAAUAAUGUAGCAAAUAUGUCGAGAGCAAAUAAAAAUUGUAAUCCAUAAAUA